CGUGUCCUCUUCACCGUCUUCCUCAUCACGCAAGCUCUACUAGAAGUAAAAGCUUCGCUCUGUCUGCACUCCAAGCAUUGGUUCUCUGCAAUUCCCUCCUUAAAUCCCCCCAAACCCUCCCAAAAAAUUUUCAAUCCAAUCUAUAGGUCUCAUUAUCUGCACAUCCCUCCAACUUGCGCCGCCAAGAUGAUGCUUAGAAUCCGUAGCAGAGACGGCCUCGAGCGCGUCUCCGUCGACAACCCCAACAUAACUGUUUCCCAGCUCAAAACCCUAAUUCAAAACCAGCUUCAAAUACCAAUCCAUAAGCAAACCCUUUCUACUAACCAAAACUUACUCUUGGCGAAAUCGCCUUCCGAUCUCCUCAAAUUCACCGACAUGUGUGACCCCAAUAUCCCCCUCUCUUCCCUCAACAUUGCCCAUGGCUCUAUUGUCUUCUUGGCCUACGAGGGCGAGAGAACCAUAGCGGGACCCGCCGUUCAUCCCGCGGGAUCAUUCGGCCGCAAGAUGACUAUGGACGACCUAAUCGCUAAACAAAUGCGAAUUACCAGGCAAGAAACUCCUCAUUGCGAGUCGGUGUCUUUCGAUCGGGAAUGUGCCAAUGCGUUCCAGCAGUAUGUUAACGAGACGCUUGCUUUUGCCGUGAAAAGGGGUGGGUUUAUGUAUGGGACGGUGUCGGAGGAAGGGAAAGUGGAAGUGAAUUUCAUAUAUGAACCGCCCCAGCAGGGCACUGAGGAAAUUCUGAUGCUUUUGAGAGAUCCCCAGGAAGAGAAAUUGGUGGAUGCGAUCGCAGCGGGUUUAGGGAUGAGGAGAGUGGGUUUUAUAUUUACACAGACGAUUACGCAGGACAAGAAAGAUUACACUUUGUCCAACAGAGAGGUUCUGCAGGCUGCUGAACUUCAUGCAGAGAGUGAGUUGAAGGAGUGGGUGACGGCAGUGGUGAAACUGGAAGUGAAUGAAGAUGGUGGAGCCGAUGUGCAUUUUGAGGCGUUUCAAAUGAGUGAUACGUGUGUUAAACUGUUCAAGGAAAAGUGGUUCGAGACAGAAAUUGGGGAGGAUAUGGAUCCUAAGUUGUCUAAAAUGAAUAAGGAUGUUGUUGUUGGAGGAAAGGAUGUUAGGGAGGUCGAUAAUGAUUUUUUCUUGGUCGUAGUUAAGAUUCUCGAUCACGUGGGUACUCUUUCUUCAUCCUUUCCCAUUGAGAACAGAAUCAGCCAAGUGACAGUGAGAGCACUGAAGAAUCAUCUGGACCGUACAAAGAAUCUUCCAUUCGUCAAAAGAAUUUCUGAUUUUCAUCUGCUGCUCUUUGUGGCCAGGUUUCUAGAUCUCAGUGAUGUUCCUGCAUUGGCAGAGUGUGUGCAAACACAGACAACAGUCCCAGAAGGUUACCAGCUCAUAAUUGUUUCCAUGGCGAAUACUUCUUGAAUUGCACUGAUGAAUAUUAUCCCCGUCUUACAGCCAAAAUGCCGAACCUGCAACUCUGCAUUUCCUUGGGGCCCUGGAGCAUUCUGUAUUGAUUUAUGCUGUCCUCCAGUUGGGCACAGAUGUCCCAACAACUUAAAUUACACAAUGUCUAUAUGUACUGCCACUUUAUCUAUUUAAAUUGAAGUGUCUUCGGAUCUGAUAUUUAUCUUCUUGUGGUGCCAAAAACGGGUUGUGUUUGUUGUUUGACGUGUUUUAAGUAAUUAAUAAGCUGGAUUCUGACGGUUGAGGA